UAUCGUACUUUUAUAAUUUUAAUUUUUAAUUUUAUCAUGCUAUAUUUUAAAUACAGGGAGGUUUGGUAUAGAUUUACAUUAAAUAGAAUGGCCUUUGAAUUACACUUCCUAAUCAUGGAUGUAAAGUAUGACAAACUGUAUUGACAUUUUUUUUAUGUUGGUGAAAGGUGUGUUCAUCGACUUAUCAAUCAAAGUGUCAUUGUUUAAUUAUUAAUGCUUAGAGAGGUUUCGUAUUAUUUUAAUAUCUGAAUAAUAUUUGUUUUAAAUAGGAACGCCACAGUCUUUUAUCCGGUAUUUUAUAGGAUUAUUACUUACAAAAUUUUAUCAUUAGAAAUUUUAAAGAUGCGUGGUAUUUAACUUGAACGCAUGAUAACAUGUAUAACCAACUAAAUAAAAAAGUAGAUUCAGUUAACUUGUUUUAUAGUUAUAAAGUGGUUCAUAUAAUUUAUUUGGGUUAUAAUCUACAUUUGACAUCCAAUCAUGAGUCGUCCUUCAUGAAAAAAUAUUUACCGUCGUUAGCCACCAAUAGGAAAAUGGUUCGUGUAUUUGACUUGAGAAGAUAAACUUCCUUACCACGUCUGAGCGAUUUUAGUGCAUUUAUAUCGGUUUUUCACUGAAAUUAACGUUUUCCUGAGACUUAUAUGGUCAUUAAAUAUUAAAAUGAAAUUAAGCGGCCAAUUAAUAGUUGUAGCCGUGUUCGUUACUGUAGUAUCAGCAAGAAUAGACCCUAAAAACUUGAAGUGUUUAGUAUGCCGGACGACCUUCGAGGAACUGGAUAAGGCGAUUAAAAAAGUAGAUAAGUGGAAAAAAGUGGAUGUGGGUAACUUCAGGAUGGAUGCCAGCGGAGACACAAUGCAGGACAAAGUACCGGCUCACAGAUCCACUGUCUACAUCUCCGAGAUGAUUGAUGACAUCUGCAAGAAGAUGGAUGACUACGUACGUGUAUACUACAAGGCGACCGGCAAGCUUGAGAUCAUGCAACUGAUGACCGAAGCCGGCGGGAUGAACCCGGAGUUCUCCAAGACUAAGUUUGUCACCGAUGAUGACUUGAACAAGAGUUUGGAGUACUAUUGUGAGCGUAUGUUCGAGGAGAAUGAGGACGAGAUUACGUCGCUGUACAAGCAUCGGCCGCAUGAUGACGUCAUGCCGGACGCCCUUAACGAGAUCUGCUUCAAGCACGCAAAAUACUGCGAGGACUGGAUGCUGCCGACUGAAGAAGAUACCACCUGGACCGAGGAAAUGGAGAAGGAAUACAUCAAGGUCCACGGCCCGGACCCGUACGGCUUCAACAUGGGCGGCAUGGGCGGCAUGGGUGGCAUGGGCAUGGGCGGCGGCAUGGGCAUGGGCGGACCACCCGAGAUGCCCGACGGCCUCGGAGACGAGCUGCCUGAGGACCUCGAGGACUUACCAGAGGAGGACAUUAAAGAUGAGCUUUAACUGCGACGAAUGACAAAUAUACAAUUGACAGUCAAACUGAUAGGAAAGGAAAAUGUCAAAACCAGUUUUCUUGCCAAAACGCGAGUUAUUUCGUAGUCGGCAUCUAGCGUCAACUAGUGGAUUUAUCAGUACCGCUACUUGACACCAGAUGUCAGGAUUGUCGCGACUGACGAAAAAUGUAUUGCUAAAACAAUUUACAACUAAUAUUACAAGCAGCCGUGGCAGCAUGGUUCCAUUUUUAUCAUUUGUCACUAUGCCCGUCACUUUCGCGCUUACAUACGUGUUAGAACGUGACAGGAAUGGUGACAAAUGAUAAAGAGUCGACCAUCAUAGCCCUACUGGAGUUGAAAAUAGAGUUCCGGUUAAUCCGGUUAUAAUAUUAGCUGAAAAUUGUUGAGCAUUCGACUUUUCGUUCGUCGCGACAUCUAUUGUCAAGUAGCAGUACUGAUAAACCCGCUAUUUGAAGCUGGACUACGAAAAAUAAUAAGAGUUAUAAUAAGAAAACUGAUGUAUAGAGUUAGCUCUAUUCUUACUUAUUUCUCUAUAUAUAGGUUAUAGACAAAAUAAUAUUAAGAAAAUUUACUAUAGGGAGUGUGCAUGAACUGUAGGAGGCAGCACAGGAGCCGUCAGAUUUUUGACGCGAGGCGUAAAUGUGAUGUUUAUUGUUCCGAUGUAGCCCACAAGAUGGCAGAACCUACUAUGCACAAGAAAACACGUGACGUGGUACAUGUGCAUGUUUAUGGUUCUGAUUCAGGCCACAAGAUGGCAGACCCUCCAACGCGCACGUUCCCUAUCCAUUGGUUAUUUUGUUAUACGUUUUGACGUUGCUGCUUAACAGUGGCUUUAAUUUAGAAAAGGGUCCUUAUGCUUCUUGUGCAAUAAGGACCAUUCUAUAAAAAAUUAUGUUGGAAUUUCAGAUAAAAUGGCCCUUGUUGCACUUGAAGCAGAAGGACCCUUUUGUGGUGGAAAGCCACAUAUAGCAAAAAUAAUUAAUUGUAAUAGACACUAUAGACAGGUAAAGACUAAGAAAAAAAACGUGCCCCUUAGUUUGAUAUCCAAUACAGAUGGCGCUGUACCGCGCCAUAUGUUUGGCGGUCACUGAAUUGUCAAACGUCAAUUUUUGACAAUUAGAGUUACCGCAAAAUGUAUGGAGCUGUACAGCGCCAUCUCGUUUACCUGUCGAAUUUGAAGCACGAAAUUGUCUUACAUUUUACACAUCUUAGUCAAUGUAUCUUUGCUUUUGACUGUAUUAUUUUAUUUUUAAAUACGUAAACAGACAGUUUUUCCAAGUCUCGUUUACAUAUAAUUGAAGCCUAUUACAAUAUGGAGAUAAACUUUUAUCAGACGGUUUCUUACGUGUGAUAUAUUCCUGAAACAUGACAAUAAUCUAAAUAAAUAUCUAAAAAUAUAAGUAUUGAACUGAUUGGAAAUAUAUGAGUAUUUUACAUUCCAAUUAUGAACUUGCCAGUAACUGGCAAAAGAAUGUACAGAGUAGCUAAAUUAUGUGUCUUCCAAGUUAAAAUGUCUAUGCUUAUUUUAAGGGUAUUUAUUAAUGCAUUUUGGUGUGUUCCCAUCUGUCCCCGCCGGGCACAGAUGGGAAUAGGCGCUGCAUACAAAUCAUUCCCAUCUGUUCCCGCCUCUUGUAUGGCGGUGGUCACGUGGGGCGUACACAGAUGGAAUACACCUGGGAGAAUCAACUUUUUAGCGUCACUCGUUGCCAUGGUUACGAUUAGUUGUCCAGGGGACAAAAGUUCAUUGAAAUACUGAUUUUAUGGUACUUAAAUGUAUCAAACUUGCGUUUUUGUGGUCGUUAUAACCAAUGUCUAUAAAGGGCCCCCUACUAAGCAUGUUAAUAGAACGGCAUACAACGUCUCUUCAAACAAACUGUGCCACUGUUGUCCCUUGGACAACGGGACAGGAUAACAAAACAAAAAAAGUUGAUUCACCCAGCUGCAUUUUCACAAAAUCUAGUUUUAUAUUGAAAUCACAAAGUGUCUUAAUAGGUUAAGCUAUUACCAAUAGUAUAGAAAAACUGGUCAGAUAAAAAUAAUGAUAGGAUUUUUUAAAUUGAAAGGGUAUUUAAAGUUGCAUUUAUACAUGGAGUUGAUAUAGUAAAAUUUUUAAAACAUAUUUAUAACCGUUUAUUUCCGAGUGAAACUUGCGUCGAAACGUCGGAAAGGAAGCAAAACAAAUUCGAGAUAGACCUGGUUUUAAAAUGUGUUCAAGUUAUAAAUGUUAUAAAAUAGAAUUAUUGUGAAUUUGAGAUUAUAUUAAGAUUAUUAGUGAGUUUAUUUAAGUUGUUUUAAAAGGGGAAAAUGUACUUAAUGUUUUUAAUAAAAUUAUGUUUUGAA